CGGUCAGUGGGAGUGGGAGAUCUAAGGUAGUUUCCGGUUCCGGGUCUUGGCGGUGACCCGGUUGGAGGGUGGUUCCGGUUCCGGGGCGGACGGCUGCAGGAGGCUCUUUUCGGUGUCGGUGUCGGUGGGUUCCGUGUUCGGGCCAGAAGUUGCCGCCAUGUCGGUCCCCAGCGCCCUGAUGAAGCAGCCGCCGAUCCAGUCCACGGCGGGGGCCGUGCCCGUCCGCAACGAGAAGGGUGAGAUCUCCAUGGAGAAGGUGAAGGUGAAGCGCUAUGUGUCGGGGAAGCGGCCAGACUACGCGCCCAUGGAGUCCUCGGACGAGGAGGAUGAGGAGUUCCAGUUCAUUAAGAAGGCGAAGGAGCAGGAGCUAGAGCCAGAGGAGCAGGAGGAAGAUUCAGCCAGUGACCCCCGUUUGCGGCGUUUGCAGAACCGCAUUAACGAGGAUGUGGAGGAGAGACUCGCAAGGCAUCGCAAAAUUGUCGAGCCAGAAGUAGUUGGAGAAAGUGACUCGGAGGUGGAGGGAGAUGCCUGGCGCAUGGAACGGGAGGAUACUAGCGAGGAGGAGGAAGAAGAGAUUGACGAUGAGGAGAUUGAGCGUCGUCGUGGAAUGAUGCGCCAGCGAGCCCAGGAGAGGAAGAAUGAGGAGAUGGAGGUGAUGGAAGUGGAGGAUGAGGGCAGGUCUGGCGAGGAGUCUGAAUCAGAGUCUGAGUAUGAGGAGUACACAGACAGUGAGGAUGAAACGGAGCCACGGCUCAAACCUGUCUUCAUCCGCAAGAAGGAUCGAGUUACGGUCCAGGAACGAGAGGCAGAGGCAGUGAAACAGAAGGAGUUGGAGCAGGAGGCAAAGCGGCUGGCGGAGGAGAGGCGGAAGUACACGCUCAAGAUCGUGGAGGAGGAGACUAAGAAGGAGCUGGAGGAGAACAAGCGCUCACUGGCUGCACUGGAAGCGCUUGAUACAGAUGACGAGAAUGAUGAGGAGGAGUACGAGUCCUGGAAAGUGCGUGAGCUGAAGCGCAUCAAACGGGACCGCGAGGAGCGAGAGGCACUGGAGAAGGAGAAGGCCGAGAUUGAGCGCAUGCGGAACCUGACAGAGGAGGAGCGCCGUGCUGAGCUCCGGGCCAAUGGCAAGGUCAUCACCAACAAGGCAGUGAAAGGCAAAUACAAAUUCCUGCAGAAGUACUACCACCGUGGGGCCUUCUUCAUGGAUGAAGAUGAGGAAGUGUACAAAAGAGAUUUCAGUGCCCCCACACUGGAGGAUCACUUCAACAAGACCAUCCUGCCUAAAGUCAUGCAGGUCAAAAACUUUGGGCGCUCUGGGCGGACCAAGUAUACACACCUGGUGGAUCAGGACACAACCUCCUUCGACUCUGCCUGGGGCCAGGAAAGUGCACAGAACACCAAGUUCUUCAAACAGAAGGCAGCCGGCGUGCGGGACGUCUUUGAGAGACCAUCGGCUAAGAAGCGGAAAACUACCUAAGGGAGUGCCCAGGACAGUGUCAUGCUGCUGACAGCAGGGCUGAAAGGCACUUGUCUGCCAUGGGUCCUAACCCUUCCAGAAAUCUUGCGAGUGCAUUGGGGCAUAAAGUGGCUCAAUUGGAAUUAGAGGAAAAGUCCAUCCUUGUGCUAGGCUUGCCAGACCCAGUGCCGAAUGGCUUUCGCCCCCACCAGCACCAAGGAACUAGACAGCUUCCAGAUUCCCACUGCCAGAGGGCAGCAAACCCAGAGUUCUCUUGGAAUUAGCAGCAGGCUCCUAGGGGCUGCUCUAAAGCAUCUCCCCACCUCUGCACAACACCCCAUCUCCAGUUGGGAAGGUAGUUCCCUUUUGUUCUCUGGAACAGCUGUAACAGUCUCCUGUGCCCCACCUCUGAGGGGCUUCCAAGUCUCUUUAGCCUAGCCCUCUGCUUGGCUCUAGGCUCCCCUACCUGUACAGUCAGGUAUGGGGCUCUUCCAGGCCCCAAGGCACAAAAUCUGAGUUUUGAUUAAAAGCUGUUUUCUCA